AUGGAAAGAUGCGGAGAGAGCCUACAAGCAGCCAGACAGAUGAAGUAUGACCAAGAGCUUUGGGACGAUGCGAACGCCGCCUUCGUCUUCCCUCAGCACACAACCUCAGUUCAAGGCGCCACCAAGCCAUCCGAUGUCUUCGACAUCGUCAUCUUCGCGGGUCCCAACUCUUCCAGCGGCACCACUAGAUACAGCGCCGUUCUCGUACGCGGCACCAUGAGCAACCGCAAGACCAUUAUGGGUGGCGCUCUGGCACACAACCACGCUGGGGCACUGGAGAAACUGCUUGAUCAGCUGUGUCAGCUUGCUGCCCGUGGUGAUGGCUUGGCGCUGGAGGGUUCACCGGUGAUGGUGGACGAGGUGGAUGAGGCGAACGCCCAACUCUGCUUUCCCCGCCACAAGCUCUUCGACAUCACUACCUACGCCGUUAGCGACCCUCACGCGCACAUUAGCGUUGUAGCCGAGGGUGUCGGACCAAUCGACGUUGACAUGGAGCAAGCGGGAAUGUUCGAGUCGCCAAAGUUUCGUGCUGUCCUGGUGUAUUUGAAAGAUUGUGUUUUGGCCAGGGGACCUUUCUGUGCGGGUGUGAAGGAGGCGAUGGAGAAGUUGUUGUUGAGUUUGGCGAUGGUGGUGAAGACGGAUGAGGGGUGCAAGGGGAUGCAGGAGGCGAUGGAGGUGGGUGGAGGUCAGGUGGACAAAAGCUUACUGCGAUAG